AGUAAGAAAGAUAACAAAAACAAAAGUAAGAAAGAUAACCUAACCUGUCCUGUGUAUGUUAUGUUUUGUUUUUAUCCAAACAACAUGACAAGAAACAAACUUGUGUUCAUCUAUCAAAUUUUACAAGAUCAUUAAAAGCCAACGCAGAAUAAAUGUUUAUAGUUUGAUAAAAGAAAAGGCAAGUAAGUAGACCAAGUGACCAAGACACAGACAAUCUUAAACACAUCAUAGGACCAACCUAGCUCAACAAGAUGUUUCAUCAAGUAUUCAUUUGCAACUCAACCAAAGACCCAGAUUCUAAAGAUUCGUUACUGGCACUGGAACCAAACUAUCAUGAAAACAACUCAGUGAACGUAAAACAGGAAAGUAACGAUUUUGACUGCAAGGAAAUGGGACCUAUACAGAAAGAAGAUCUGAAAAUAGCAAUUGAUGAACUGAAAUCAGAAAAGUUAACUAUUGCCAAUAGUGACAUAUAUUUUAAACCAGAGUUACCGGCCAACCUCAUUACCAAUAGUUUUUUCAAUACAACAUCAACAUUAGAUGUUACAAGCUCUCCUGUAAUUCUCCCUCCACCACAGCAACCAACAGUAGUGUUUCAGCCCCUGGCGGGCCCUAGCAGCUACAUUUACCAGCCUCCUGAACAAGUGGUAAACAUCAAUGGCAGUAUGAUUCAGUUGCCAAUGAGCCAAGCUACACCAAUUUAUACAUCAGUUAAAGCCGAAUAUUACCCAUCAGACGGAACCACAGAACAGAACAUGGCUAUGACUGAAAAAUCACCAUCCUCACAAAAUAAAAUUGAUUCUGAACAUGAUGAUGCCAACAAAGAAGAGGAUAAAACACUGAUUCUCAGUAAUACUACACAAUUUGAAGAGCUAAAUUCCAUUGGAAAUAGUGUGGAAAUUCGAAGAUGCUCAGUUUUGAAAGAGGGAGUAACUUUUUCAAAUAAUCUAACAAAACCAAAAAGUGAAAACCAGAUGAUCAAAAAUGAACCAGAAAAGAAUGUUAUUACGAAGACAGAAAACAAAAUGAGUGAUGAAGAUUUUAGAAUGGUGUUCAAAAUUAAAGAACGCUUUGUGGAUAUAGAUCCUUUACCUUCUAGUAAUUUGUUACUGAAAACUGACUUUAACACAGAUGUACAAGUCAAGAAUGAGGAUAUAAGUGUGAGGGAGAGAGAUGAUUGUACUAAAGUUGAUGAUAAUAAUUCAAGUGGCAGGGAUGAUAACACUGACGUUGGUGAUAGUAGUGGAAGUGACUGGGAAAAGGAAGUUUUGACUGGAUGGAAUAAAAGGAAAAACAGUAUGAUGUUUAAAAAACAAUUGAAAAAUAACAAUGUUACAGAUUUAAAUCCAGCUGAAUGUACAAAAAAUAAAAAAACUAUUCCCCUAAAAAAGAAUUUAAAAUGCAGGGUAAAUACAUUGGCAGAAAAAAGUAUUAUGUCCAACACUAAACUGAGCAAUAAAAGUUUUUCAAAAAAAUCAAAUUUGUCUUCAAUGUCUAGUAAAAAUUUGACAGAUAAUUUGACUUUAUCUUCUUCUUUGACAACCAGUACAAAUGCGCAGAAUAAUUGGAAUAUGCCUACAACAUCAGCCAUAUUGUAUAAUAAUGUUAUUUAUACUUUGCCUGUUUUAAAUGUGUCACAGCCUCCUGUGUUGUCCCUCAUACCACCUCCAGCCCUUGGAACAAAUUACAUUUUAACCAACCAUCACAUGUCUGAGAAUGGUGUUAAAACUCCUUUUCCAACCAUGCCAUUAGCUAACACCAAAUCUGAACAAAUAAAACCAGACAAAUAUAAUUUUCAACUUAAACUUCCUUUAAUGCCAGUUAAAAGGACAGUACAAGAAAAAAUAUUGCCAAAACCAAAAACUGAACAGUAUUGCAGAAAGUGUGAUAAACAUUUUGAAUCUGUGGAUUCCUAUCAUCGUCACAGUAGAUAUUCAUUGUGCGGUGGACAUAGACGAGAAGCAAGAUUUCAGUGUGAUUUGUGUGGUAAAUGUUUAUCUGGUUUAGUCAAAUUGGAAGCUCACAAAAAUUCCCACACUAAUGCACGUCCAUUCAAGUGUGUUGACUGUGAUAAACAUUUUAAUAGCAAAGUUGCUAGACACAUGCAUCAUAAAAAAAUGCAUUUAAAUGUUAAAAAAAACAACUUUUUAUGUUGUUUUUGUGGCUACAUGACACAAAGUGGAGAGCAUUUAUUGGCUCAUGAAGACGGUCAUCGAGUUCCUGAAGGUACUGAGGUUGCCAAACCAUUCAAGUGUUUGGUUUGUGGUAAAGGGUUUGUAUCUCGGUUCAAGCACACAAAACAUCAAAGAGAGCACAAGCUGAAAAAGUGUGGUAAAUGCUCAGAAGCAUUUGCAACACAGAUACAGUUGAUGAAACACAAGGAAGAAGCUCAUAAUAUUAUCAAAACUUAUCAGUGUGAUGUUUGUGGGAUGAAGUUUAGGCAUUCACACUCUUUCAGAUCUCAUAAAAAGACUGUCCAUUCCACAGUUUUACCAUUUGUUUGUGCAAUUUGUGACAAAGGUUUCAAGAGGAAAUGUAAUUUACAACAACACAUGAUAACCCAUUCUGAAGAGCGACCAAUAUCUUGUCCUGAAUGUGGUGACAGUUUUAAACGAAUUACACAUCUGAAACAGCACACUGCUGCAAUUCAUCGUGAUGGUAGAAAAUAAUUACUUGUAAAUACUUCUUUAUACUUCUAAACAUUAUUUUCUUUUUGAAUCGAUACACUUUGUCUGUGGAUAUGUAUGUGUAUUCUGUAUAUCAUUAAGUACAUCACUAUAGUCAACUUAAAUAGAAUUGUCGGUUGAUUAAUAGCAGCUGGCCUAUUUAAAAACAUUACCUUCACCUGCCAGUUCUAUUUGUGUUGAGUAUAGAUACAACAGCUUUCCUAAAACGUAAAAAACUAAAAAGAUUAACAAUAACAAUCCAUGGAUAUCUCUUGACACUAAAAGAAAAAGACUAAACAUUGUGGAGCUUGAAAAACAAUACAGAUUAUUUAAAACUGAUGACACUAAACACAAAAUUAAACAUAAUGAAAUGUAUAAUUAAAUUUACAAGUUCAACAAGGCCAAUAUACAAUAAUUUUAUUUUAUUCACUAGCCCUUUCAGAAACUAGGUUUCCAUCUUCAGGCACUAUAGUUCGGCCGGUUAGAAAACGACCUGCGCGCUAAUGCUAAACUAAUGCUGGAGGAGGUCGCUUUCUAAGCGGCCGAACUAUAGUACACAUCGAUCUCUAUUAUUACAACUGGAUCGCACGCUGUACUGCUCAGAGAUAGACGCAUAUCGGUCCGCCGCUCCCCCCACCACUAAGGUUGUUACUGUCUCUCUCUUACUCAUCACGUCUUAUGGCGUUUCCGCGUUUGCGCUCACAAAAUAAGC